CACCGUUUCCACGUUCAGGGUAUUCCCGUAGUUUCAGUAAAACAUAAGCUGUAAGAAGCCUCGAAUUUCCCGUUGAGAUUUCAAACUCCCCAUGCAAAUCUGGAAUUCAUUGUUUGGCUGCUAAGAAAAUAGAAUUCUUUAUAGAAAGUAAAAGGAAAAGCAAAUGAAGUGAAGAGAAAGGAAGAAAACCCGGUCUCCUAGUUUUGGCACUGUCCAGUGUCCACCUCUUGGAGACGAUUCCAAGUAUACUUUCUGAGAAUUUUCGUUUUUCAUCCUUUUUUUCUUGUCAACCAAACAGAAGAUUGAAGAACGAGAGUUCAAUGACCCAAAAAUCUGGAGGAGUUUCGUUUUGACUAAUUCAGGGACCUGGGAACGCAAUUCAGGGAUGAUAUUAGUGUUUUAAUCAGUUGACAAUCGGUCGAGUGGUUUCUCAAUGAGGCAUGAAGUUAAAUCUCUGCUUCAAGUGAAUACCAGGAAAUUGAUAUGGCUUAUAGGGAUAACGUUUGCUGUGAUUAUAACUUUCCAGUAUCUUGAACUUCCAUACGGGAAUGUUUUUUCGUCAUUAUUUCCUUCCGGUAAGGUUUCAGUUGAGGAACAAAGUCGCUUCUUGGAUAUCGGUCCUUCAUCUGCCGAAUCUAGUCUGAACUUUAAUGAUACAAAUGCUUCUAAUGAGACAGCUCAUGAUGCUGAGAAGGAAGGUAAUAUCACAAGUUUAAAUAAUCAGAACAAAACAGGUGCUGUUAAUGAAACAGCUAAAGCUAAUGAUGUUGGGGCCUCGGAAGAUGGUUUCACAUCAGCAGAAGUAGGCUUGAAUAGAUCUUCUACAUUAGUUAAGGAUAGCAUUUCUUCUAGGGAGGAAUCCGAGGACCUAAACAAAACUUCCACAGUGAAUUUCCCUGUUAGUUCCAAUAAUUCAAGUAUAGCUGAGAAUGUUGGCAAAACCGAUGAAAGUUUUUCUUCAAAAAAUGGUACCGUUGAAAUCAGCACUUCGAACAACGAUAUUGGAAAUGAAAGUGUCGGUUUAUCACCAAUAAACACACUGUCCUCAGAUACAGGCCUCGUUACAGCUAACACUGCCUUAGGAAAAGAUGUUGAGACAAAUGUCAGCACUCCUAUCGCAUCUUCUAAUUCCAGUAUAUCUACAGUAGAGCAACAUGCGACACCAAGUGUAGUCAAGAAUGAAAAAUUGAAAGAGAUGCAGAACAAUUUCACCAAAUCAAGUGAUGAUCCUGCUCCCCUCAAGGCUCCCAAGAUGAAGGAAAAGCCCCAGACCUUACCUGCACUAACUACAAUAGCUGACAUGAACAAUUUGGUUUAUCAGAGCCGUGUUUCAUAUAAAUCCAAGACACCAAGAUGGCCUUCAGAAGCUGACAAAGUUCUACUAGAAGCAAGAUUGCAGAUCGAGAGUACACCCAUUAUAAAGAACGACCCGCAACUUUAUGCACCUCUUUAUCGGAAUGUUUCUAUGUUCAAAAGGAGCUAUGAAUUGAUGGAAAACAUACUCAAAGUGUAUGUCUACAAGGAAGGAAAAAGACCCAUAGCACAUACGUGGCCUCUCAAGGGUAUUUAUGCCUCUGAAGGAUGGUUCAUGAAGCAGCUGGAAACUAGUACAAAAUUUGUCACUAAAAACCCAAGAUAUGCCCACAUGUUUUACUUGCCUUUUAGUUCCAGAAUGUUAGAGGAAACCUUAUAUGUGGUUGGUUCCCACAGUCAUAAGCCCCUUAUACAGUAUUUGAAGAACUACGUGAACACAAUUGCAGCAAAAUAUCCUUACUGGAAUAGAACUGAAGGAGCUGACCAUUUUCUGGUUGCUUGCCAUGACUGGGCGCCAUCUGAAACAAGGGAACCCAUGGCCAAUUGCAUAAAAGCCCUCUGCAAUUCUGAUGUUAGAGAAGGUUAUGUUUUCGGCAAGGAUGUGUCUCUUCCUGAGACAUAUGUUGGGAAUCCAAAGAAACCUCUUAGAGACCUCGGGGGCUACCCUCCAUCCAAGAGAUCCAUCCUGGCUUUCUUUGCAGGAAGCAUGCAUGGUUAUCUAAGGCCAAUUCUGUUAGAACAUUGGGGAAACAAAGAUCCCGACAUGAAAAUCUUUGGCAGGAUGCCUAACAUGCCUAAUGUUAAGGGGAAACUGAACUACAUCCGGCACAUGAAGACCAGUAAGUACUGCCUUUGCCCUAGAGGAUACGAAGUUAAUAGUCCAAGGGUGGUAGAGGCCAUUUUCUAUGAAUGUGUUCCUGUGAUCAUCUCCGACAAUUUUGUGCCCCCAUUUUUCGAGGUUUUGAACUGGGAAUCAUUCGCCGUAUUUGUUUUGGAGAAGGAUAUUCCAAAUUUGAAGAAGAUCCUGUUAUCGAUCCCAGAAAAGCAGUAUCUGCAGAUGCAACUUAGAGUAAAAAAGAUACAACAACAUUUUCUUUGGCAUCCCAAGCCUGAGAAGUAUGACAUAUUUCAUAUGAUUCUUCACUCAGUUUGGUACAAUAGAGUUUUCCAAAUGAAAUCCAGGUAAGUGAACGUCAGAUUGUGUACAUAUGUAAUUUGUGUGUAGAA